CAACAAAUAAACCUUUGGCUUCGCUUUGAAGUUUGAGUUACUUGACUCGCGCUCGCAACUGAAACUACUGACUGCAGUGACAGGCCAAUGAAGUGCAGCUCGUGACCCAACUGUUCCUGGAACCUGCCGGCUAUCCUUAGCCCUUUCCCGGUACAUCGAGAGUCACGCGCACCGAUUCGACAUGUUCUCCUAGAAACACUUCCAGCAUCACCCAAGCACAUUAGGCAUCAAGAGUUAAUUACCUAGAGAGACAACUGACUCUGAACUGAACCGAGCGUAAACCAGCUGACCAAGAGAGCGAGCUCUAGCGAGAUAUGAGACGUUAAACAAGAACAAGAACAACAACAACUAUCAACUUUGUGACCUCACCAUGGCCCUGACCUCGGGCAUGGCCGAUGAGAAGAAGCCAAACCUGACGUCUCCGAGAUGUGCGAUCAUCGGCAAUCCCGACCAAUCGCAGGCCGAGGAAGAGGAGGAGGUUGGUGAGGAGAACGGGGUUCUCUUCUACGUCAACAAGAGCGGGUUUCCGCUGAACGACAAGACCUGGGAGAGGAUGUGGCACCACGUCGCCAAAAUCCACCCCGACGGCAACAAAAUGGUCACAGAAAUUAGGAACAGCAAAGAACUACCCAGAGUGCCGAUGCCGGUGGUUCCAGUGUUCCCCACCAACACUCCCAUCACUGACCGGCUGUGGAUGGUGCAGAAGUACAUGUCAGAUCUACAAUAUAACCACACAGGAACACAGUUCUUUGAAAUCAGGAAAAAUCGGCCUCUCACUGGUUUAAUAGAUUCUGCCAAGGAGAUCAUACGAGAAGCCUUACCCAUCAAAUGUCUGGAGGCGGUCAUUUUGGGCAUUCAUCUGACCAACGGCAUGCCCGGAGUCGAGCGGUUUCCCGUCAGCUUCAAGUCUCAGUUUGGUUCCACGGUGCACAGACACGUGGUUCUGGGGGUGUACUGUGGCGGCAGGUACGGGGCUCUGGGCAUGAGCAGGAGAGAGGACCUCAUGUACAAACCUCUGGAGUUUAAGUGUUUAUCUGACUUAGUCCUUGAUUAUGAAGAAUCCUACGAAGGAUAUUUUCAUGUCCUGAAGAAGGUGAAGAUAGGCUACCCCGUUUCCCACGAUCCUCACAGCUACGAGUGCAUCCACUGGAAGGCUCUGACACUGAACAUGACCAAGCUGUCCAAGGACGGGGUGAGGAAGGAGGUGGAGAAAUAUUCCAGAGAAGUGAGAGCAAAAAUGAAGACCAGUGGCCUGGUGUCAGAGAGACCUCCCCUCGUACCUCCUCCUACUUCUCCGCGUAAGGACACCCCGGGGAGACCCAACUGAACACCCAUUCAGU